CCGCCCGGCCCCGGGGUGUUAUUGUGAGGGGGAGACAAUGAGCAAACUCUCCUUCCGAGCCCGGGCGCUAGACGCCGCCAAACCGCUGCCCAUCUACCGCGGCAAGGACAUGCCCGACCUCAACGACUGCGUCUCCAUCAACCGGGCUGUGCCGCAGAUGCCCACGGGGAUGGAGAAAGAGGAGGAAUCGGAACAUCACUUGCAACGGGCUAUCUCAGCACAACAAGUUUUCAGAGAAAAGAAAGAGAGCAUGGUUAUCCCAGUUCCUGAAGCAGAGAGCAAUGUGAACUAUUACAAUCGUUUGUAUAAAGGAGAAUUUAAGCAACCAAAGCAGUUCAUUCACAUUCAACCCUUUAAUCUGGACAAUGAACAGCCAGAUUAUGAUAUGGACUCUGAGGAUGAAACCUUAUUGAACAGACUAAAUCGGAAGAUGGAAAUCAAGCCACUGCAGUUUGAAAUAAUGAUUGACAGACUUGAAAAAGCCAGUUCUAGUCAGCUCGUUACACUUCAGGAAGCUAAAUUGCUGCUAAAUGAGGAUGACUACCUUAUUAAGGCUGUAUAUGACUACUGGGUAAGAAAGCGUAAGAAUUGCAGAGGGCCGUCCCUCAUCCCCCAAAUCAAACAGGAAAAGAGGGAUGGCUCCACCAACAACGACCCUUAUGUUGCCUUUCGGAGGAGGACUGAGAAGAUGCAGACGAGAAAGAAUCGAAAGAACGAUGAAGCAUCUUAUGAGAAGAUGCUGAAAUUAAGAAGAGAGUUUAGCAGAGCCAUAACAAUUUUGGAGAUGAUUAAGAGGAGAGAGAAGACAAAACGCGAGUUGUUGCAUUUAACGUUGGAAGUUGUAGAGAAAAGAUACCAUUUGGGUGAUUAUGGAGGUGAAAUUCUCAAUGAAGUGAAGCUUAACAGACCUGAAAAGGAUAUGAGCACAACUGCAUCCACUCUUCAUAAUGGAAAUCAUCACAAAGUUCAAGAAUGUAAAAUUAAGCAUCCUCAUCAUUCAUCUCUAAAGGAAGAGAUAUCAGAUGUUGUACGUCAGAAGAAGAAAUAUCUGAAGAAACCGAAAAUGGAGUGUGUGGUAACUGCUCAACAGCCCUCUGCUGAGCCCUUGCCUGUUAUCAACAAGAGUGAUAUCAAGCAGUAUGACUUCCACAGCUCAGAUGAGGAUGAGUUCCCACAGGUACCCUCACCAGUAUCAGAAGCAGAAGAGGAAAAUGAUCCUGAUGGACCUUGUGCCUUCAGGAGAAGAGCAGGAUGCCAGUAUUAUGCUCCUCGUUUGGACCAAACUAAUUCUUCAUAUGAAAAUUCAGAAUUGGACAAACUGAGGUUCAGGCAUUGCCUUACAACCCUUACAAUUCCAAGAAGGUGUAUAGGAUUUGCAAGAAGACGAGUUGGCAGGGGUGGAAGGGUUAUAAUGGACCGAAUAUCCACAGAACAUGAUCCUGUCUUGAGACAGAUUGACCCGGAAAUGCUGAAUAGUUUUUCAAGCUCUUCCCAGACUUUAGACUUUUCUUCUAAUUUUUCACGGACCAAUGCUUCCAAUAAACAUUGUGAAAACAGACUGUCCCUUUCUGAAAUACUAAGCAAUAUCAGAUCAUGUCGACUGCAGUGUUUUCAGCCAAGGCUACUAAAUCUACAGGACAGCGAUAGUGAAGAAUGUACCUCAAGGAAACCAGGGCAGACUGUGAAUAAUAAAAGAGUUUCUGCAGCAUCUGUAGCUUUAUUGAACACCAGCAAGAACGGCAUAUCAGUAACAGGGGGUAUCACAGAAGAACAGUUUCAGACACAUCAACAGCAGUUAGUUCAAAUGCAGAGGCAACAACUUGCCCAGCUUCAACAGAAACAACAAUCUCAGCAUUCCUCGCAACAGACACAUCCAAAAGCACAGGGCUCCAGCACCUCUGACUGCAUGUCAAAAACACUUGAUUCAGCCAGUGCCCACUUUGCUGCAUCUGCAGUGGUCAGUGCACCUGCUCCUGGUCGCAGUGAGGCAACGAAGGAACAAACCCCCAGCCACAACAACAUUAAUGGUGUUGUCCAGCCUUCAGGAACCUCUAGAACGUUGUACUCCACCAACAUGGCUUUAUCAUCCAGCCCAGGGAUUUCAGCUGUACAGCUUGUAAGGACAGUUGGCCACACCACCACAAACCACUUAAUUCCAGCGUUGUGCACGAGCAGCCCUCAAACACUUCCCAUGAACAAUUCUUGCCUGACUAACGCAGUGCACCUCAACAAUGUCAGUGUUGUUUCUCCAGUCAAUGUGCAUAUUAAUACAAGGACUUCAGCACCAUCGCCAACAGCCUUAAAACUUGCCACAGUUGCUGCCAGUAUGGACAGAGUGCCAAAGGUAACUCCUAGCAGUGCCAUCAGCAGUAUAGCAAGAGAGAACCAUGAACCAGAACGGCUGGGUUUAAAUGGCAUAGCAGAGACAACAGUAGCAAUGGAAGUGACAUAACCUCAAAUCAGUGUCUCAACCUGUGCUAACGGUGUAGUCAUUUAUAUUCCAACUGAAUGCAAAACACAGCACUCUGUGGAUCACAGAGAACUAAAAUGGACCUAAAUGGACUAUCCUUAUAUCGUGUAUUAAGUCGAUAUAUAAUGUAAAUUUUGUAAAAUUGGGAAAAUCACUACCUUGUAAAAUAGUUUAUUUGUAUCAUCAAUAUUAUUUCUGUUACUUGAAUAGUAGAUAUUCAUCAUCAUGCUUUUGCACUUGAAUUUGCAACUGAAUGGAUUAAAAAAUAAUUCUUUAAUGGGAUCAUGAGCAUGAAAUGGGAUCCUGCAUCACUUGUUUUAACUAUUUAUUUUGCCAUGUUUACAUUUUGUAUCUUGUACAAAUAAAUCCAACUUUGUGUCUAAAAAAAAAAGUUAAAGAUUCAUAGCUAGGAGACAAAAUUCUUGUAAUUUUUUUCUAAAGGAAAUGUAAAGUUUUCACUUGGUUCAUUUUGUUUCACAAUUUGACUAGAUGGACUUUUUGGUAAAUACUUUAGUGGCAUUUCACUGUCAAAUACGAAGUUCAAGGCAAAAUAGUAUUUUCUAUUACUGUGCAGGGGAAAGGGAUGGAUCGAUACAUGCAAAUUUAAUGUAGUAACUCACUUUUCCAUAUAUUUUGAAUGUAUAUUUCUAUUUAUAAUACCAGUUUAUAAAAAAUAAUUACACAGGAAAGAAAAAAAAACCUGACUAGGAAAAUUAUGCAUCUAGCACAUGUAAAAUUGUGCAGAUAAGAGAAAAUUUUCAACCAAUUACAUUUUAUCCGAAGACUGCAUAUUUUAACCGGCUUUAAAACUGUAACACACCACGUAAAGGAUAUUUUACCAGGUAUGUAUUGCAUUAUAUAUCAUUGCAAUAAUUAUUGGAUGUCUAGAUAUCGAGCCAUCCCAGGUGGUGGGGGGGGAGGGAGGGUUGUGGCAAGAUCGUCUUUUCAAUUUUGGAGAGUUUUCCUGUGGCUACAAGGCAAGUAACGGGUUGGAAAAAGUCUGACUGUAAGCGUUGGACACCUUCGUAGUGUAGUGUUUUAGUGACUUUUUUUAUACGGUUCUUGUAAAUUAGAUACGUGUAGUGGUGUUUCAGAAUGUUUGUUUAUGCACUAGUUCAGACAACUUUCCCUGUUACUUGUUCUUGAUAAGUGAAAACUGCAGGGAAAUAAAAAUACAUAUCAAAACAUGGA